GGUCCGUGUAACACAGCUGAUGAACGUAUAGCACAUCUCAAAGGGCUGUGUUUGGCUGGCGUUAACAAGUGUGCUAAGAAAUGCAGAUAGAAGCACAAAAAGCAUCUGCAUUUGGGACUGAUGGCCAGAACAUGCUCCACAAAAGCAGCACCGUGCUGGGUCAGACCAGAGUGGUCCUUCCUACCUGGGUGUCUGGGCACCGAAAACCUCACCGUGUUCUUCCUUGGGCCUCUCCAGUGCAAACUGGCAGGGUCUUGACCUUUUUUAGUUACUCAAAAGCAGCUACUUCACCCCCAUCAUGUUUUUAAUACUUGUGCAUUCUUGUUUGGGCUGCGCUUACCCGCGCUGCGCCUAAUACCCAACAUGUGCUUGUAUGGAGGCUUGAGGUAAUGGCAGAAUGAUGCUCUCUGCUACGUUUUCAGUUCUCUGCCUCCUAGCGCCCAGCAUGUUGUUGGCAUGGUUAGUCUUAACUUAAUUUGUCAGAGGCAGUAGCUCUUCUAGAGGUGUCUCCCAACAUCUGAGUGCUGCUUGCGUUUGCUGUGAUUAAGUAGAGAAGAUUUUCACACAGCCGUACGUGCAAUAAGUGCUGCUGUCAUUCUGAACAUGUUGGGUUCAAUAUGCCAGUGCAGUGGCGUACGGGGGAGUGACUCUUUUGGGUUUGUCUUUUGAAAGUUGUAACACCGUCUCGUUGUUUAUGAGAUCAGUGUUACAUCUGCUUGGUUGGGCACAGCGCAGUCUCAUUUGCUUCGUAAAGACUAGGAUCAUCAGUGUUGUAGAGAAGCUUUUACUCACAAAUCCCAGUAUGGAAACAUCUGACUUCAAAACCUCCGCUCUUUCCUCUGCCUUCCUGUUAAAUGUAGAGCGAGGAGAACCAUACAAGCUGUCACCUUCUGGGUGAAAAAACCCCAGCCAAACAACAAACCCAACUUACAGCCAAAUGAUCGUAUCCUUCUUUAGGAAGGAAGUAAUUCGGUAAAUCUGGGACUGUAUUUAUGGUGGGCUGACUGAACGUGUUUAUGGACAUAAAGUGAUGGUUCUGAGCGCCCUGCGGGCUGAGGCAGCGGGUCCUGUGGCAAAUGGCCGUCAGGCUGUGUUUACUGAAUGAGGAGGCACUGAACUGGUUCUUUUGGCUUAUUGUCAAUACUUGCAUGGUUUUUAUCCCAAGAACUUUGUUUCCUCUUGGUGUUCUCCAGUUAUCAAAGCGCUUUCUGGUUUGCCGUACGCCCUUUCCUUUCUACGCCCCAGUCAAAACAGAGAACGUGCAAAACGUGAUGCAGGCUUCACCUUUGGUGCAAAGAGACCGCGGCCUUGGAUGAUAGGUUUUGUCUGAAAAAUAAGCUAAAAUAAUAUCAGCGCCUCUGCUUCCACAAGUGAAGUACGGUACUGUUGCUCUGUAGAAGCUAUUCAUGCUUUUCAUGUUGUUGGCUCAUAGUCCACUUAAAACAAUUGGGGAUUGUGUGGUCUGUUGGCAGUUCUAUGGUUUUAAGCUUCCAUUUCUCUUGUGAUUGGUCAUUUUCUGUCUUUUGAAAACAAGCUCCUUGCAAACAGAGGUUGAAACGUGUAGAAUAAAAUAUUGGCGCUCCACCUACAAAUUUCCAGAGCCGUGGACGAGGCGUAGGCUCUCAGGUUCUCCCAGGGCACGAGCGCCCAUGCGCCCCGGUGCACGCUCCUAGUGUGUGUGAGCCAGCGCUGUUGUGAGCACCCUUCACACGCUCCUGCGUCGCCCCGUUGGGGAGUUUGGUGUGCGCUGGGGUGCACCCUGCCUGCCUGCGCUCCGAGCUCUCCGGCUCCGGCGCGGCGUCGCCGCGUUUCCGCGCUGGCAGUAGCGCUCUGGCGAGGGCUGAGCUUGCCCCUGGAGCCUGGCCAGCAACGGGCAGAGUUUCGGAGCGCCGUUGAGACAAACCGGUGCAAAACGACAUGCAACACCCGUCUCCGCUUUUCGCUCGUCUUUACUGCCUGGUAAAACUGAAAAAGAAACUGUAGCUCCUGCCAUCUUGCACUUUUCUGCUGCUUCUUUUGUGUGAGAACUCUUUGCCAUGUGUACGAUUGCUUUGUUUUAAUUUUUAAUUCUCAGAAGGGGCUGCGCAGGGCAGCGUAGGUUAGAUUGCCUUUGUAGGGACAGUGUGAAAGUUGCGGCUUUUUAAAGGCAAGAAGUUCAUUGCUUAGCCAUGUUCUGGGCAGAGUUAAAAUUGAAAGCGUAACUGCGCUAUAUUUAUUCGUGUUCUGCCAUGACAGCUUAGUGCUGUAACACACCCCAAAACGUUAAGCUUGAAAUAAUUUUUCUCCUUUGCAUGUGAGUUGCCUUACAGUCCUGACACUGGAUCGCGGCGCUUUUGUGGCAGUUGAAUCUUUGCGGGGGUGCCGUAUGCAAAUGCGCGGCGGUUCAGAUUUAUAGCGGUGCGGAGCCCCGGGCAGCUGCGCCAGCUCUCCCGCUGGGGCCGGCCGCUGAUGGAAAGGGAGCAGCUGGGAAGGUGCCGUGUCAGGCACCCCCUGCGCGCCCCCGGGGCCGCUGCGGCGGGGAGCCCUCCGGCCUCGUGACCGGCCCCGCCGCCCGGCCUGCCCGGCCGCUCGCUGCUCAGCCCCAGCCAUGCCUGGAAUGCCGCUCGCCACUUGGGCUAUUUCUGCUAUCUGUCGCUCUCAGGGCUGCAGCGCUAACGGUUUGGCAGAUGGGACACUUUCUCUUGGAGUUUAUGUCUUUGGUUUUUAACUUCUGGCAGUGCCUGAAUUGUUGCUGUUCUCCCUCUCCUUUUCUUCUCUCUGUAAAACCAUGGCCCAUCGGCUGCGGUUUCAUUUUGGCUCUGGGCGAAGCAACACGGCCCCCGAAUCGGAGAUCCUCGACCGGGAGAGAGAAGAUGACUUUUUCAUGGCAUUCCACACUCUGCCGAGAAGGCACAGUCCGCACGCUUUCUCCCGACACGGGGCGGAUUACGGUGGCGGCGGCGAUUUGCAAGAAGUGGGCUCCUUGAAGAGGAGCACGUCCAUGUUUAUUCCCCAGCUGCUGAACAGCGUGGAUGUGCGUCCCACGAGGAGCUCGUCGAUGCAGAUCUCCCUCCAGCGCAAGACUGCGAACGGCUGCGCGGACGAGUGCGCAGCGCUGGAGUCUCCGGAGGAGACAGCUCCUGGUGAGCUCUCGGGCUUGGGGGAGCGUUACGCGUCCCCUGGGGAAACCCAUUCUUCUGCCAGCAGUCCAGAGGUGAGCCCUGAGAGCUCUGCACCCAGGCUGACGGAAGACUUAGGGCAACAGAUUAACGGAACUGUUUGCUGUAAUCGCAGAAUAUUUUGUACUAUUCCUUCUAAUAACCAGAGUGAGGAUGCUUCAUCAGCUGCCCAAGGAGCCGAGGCAAAUGAAGCAGCUUCAGGCUUAAACAUAAGCGGUGUGAGGAUUCAGCAUCGGGCUUCAAGCGCAGAUGUGCCUCAGGUGACGCUGCUCCCCUUUGGUAGCGAGGCCCAAAACAGCGCUCCUGCCCCCGAGCCCCGGCGUUGGUCUCUGCAGCACGUGCCAGAUAUGUCAGCAAAUUCAGGGAAAAAGUUGUUUGUUCUCCAGUUACAGCAGCCGCAGACAAGCGGUACGAGUGCGGGAGGAGAAUAUAACUUUGGUUUUACUGGAACAAAAGGGGACAGGUUGGUCAGGUACCCUCGCAUACGGCUGGAAAGGAGCACUUCCUACCCUGUCCAGCCACCGACCGGAGAAACGAGCCCCGCGGAUGACGGCUUGGAUUCGGAACCACAUGGGAACUGCAGGAACGGGUCAGAAGUGCCUAGGAGCGAUUCGGUAGAGCGGAUUGCUCAGGGGCAGGGCUGCCUGUUUAAAAUCAGACCGGAUCAAAACACGAGGCAGCAGCACUUCAGAAUCCUUGUCACCCGCGGUCCCGAAGAGCAAGGCCGGGUGGUCGGUCAGGAGGAGCGUGGCAGCCCUGGCCCCGCAGCCACCGGCGCCGCAACUCGAGACGACUUCCUGGGCCAGGUGGAUGUGCCGCUCAGUCACCUCCCGACCGAGGACCCCGCCAUGGAGAGGCCGUACACGUUCAAGGAUUUCCUGCUCAGACCCAGGAGCCACAAAUCCCGUGUGAAGGGCUUCUUGAGGCUGAAGAUGGCUUAUAUGCCUAAAAAUGGUGGCCAAGAGGACGAAAACAGUGAUCAAAGGGAUGAAUCGGAGCACGGCUGGGACGUGGUUGAUCCCAAUGACUCCGCAUCCCAGCGGCAGGAGGAGCUGCCGCCUCCUCCGCUGCCUCCCGGCUGGGAAGAGAAGGUGGACAACCUGGGCCGGACUUACUACGUCAACCACAACAACAGGACCACGCAGUGGCAUCGCCCCAGUCUGAUCGACGUGGGGUCCGAUUCAGACAACAACAUCAGGCAAAUAAACCAAGAAGCAGCCCACAGGCGGUUCCGCUCUCGCAGGCACAUUAGCGAGGACUUGGAACCAGAGCCCGUGGAGAGCGCGGACAUUCCUGAGCCCUGGGAGACCAUCUCGGAGGAGGCGGGAGCGGGCGCGGGCGCGGGCGGGGACGCCCUGGGCCUGUCGCUGCCGCCGCCCGCGUCGCCGGUGUCGCGCAGCAGCCCUCAGGAGCUGUCGGAGGAGCUGAGCAGGAGGCUCCAGGUGGCUCCGGACUCCAACGGGGAGCAGCUCGCUUCUCUGAUUCAAAGAGAUCCCUCUUCAAGAUUAAGAUCUUGCAGUGUAACGGACACAGUCGCGGAACAGUCUCAGUUGUCCUUGCAGAGUGGUCCAUCUAGGAGAGCUCGUUCUUCAACGGUCACAGGUGGUGAGGAGCCAACGCCGUCAGUGGCCUAUGUCCAUACUACACCAGGCUUACCCUCAGGCUGGGAGGAGAGGAAGGACGCAAAGGGCCGGACUUAUUAUGUCAAUCACAACAAUCGCACCACAACGUGGACGCGGCCCAUCAUGCAGCUGGCGGAGGACGGCAUGGUGGGCUCAGCGGCCAGCAGCAGCAACCACCUGAGCGAACCGCAGAUCCGGCGGCCCCGCAGCCUGAGCUCCCCCACGGUGACGCUGUCGGCCCCGCUGGAGGGUAUGAAGGACUCCCCGGCGCGCAGGACGGUGAAGGACACGCUUUCCAACCCCCAGUCCCCGCAGCCCUCGCCCUACAACUCCCCGAAACCGCAGCACAAGGUUGCGCAGAGCUUCCUGCCCCCGGGCUGGGAGAUGCGCAUCGCCCCCAACGGCCGGCCCUUCUUCAUCGACCACAACACCAAGACCACCACGUGGGAGGAUCCACGGCUGAAAUUUCCAGUGCAUUUGAGAACAAAAGCAUCUUUGAACCCUAAUGAUUUAGGCCCUCUUCCUCCUGGUUGGGAGGAAAGGAUACAUUUGGAUGGAAGAACAUUUUACAUAGACCAUAGAAGCCAGGUGUUGAUAUGUGGAGACAUUGAUACCAGAGACUUAGUGCCCUCAUACGAUAAUAAAAUCACCCAGUGGGAAGACCCCAGGCUGCAGAACCCGGCCAUUACCGGCCCCGCAGUUCCGUAUUCCAGGGAGUUCAAACAGAAAUAUGACUAUUUCCGGAAGAAGUUGAAGAAGCCGGCUGAUAUACCAAACAGAUUUGAGAUGAAGCUACACAGAAAUAACAUUUUUGAGGAGUCGUACAGAAGAAUCAUGUCCGUGAAGAGGCCCGACGUCCUGAAAGCCAGGCUCUGGAUCGAAUUCGAGUCGGAGAAAGGACUUGACUACGGCGGGGUGGCCAGAGAGUGGUUUUUCCUCUUGUCCAAGGAGAUGUUCAACCCCUAUUACGGUCUCUUUGAAUAUUCAGCAACGGACAACUACACUCUCCAGAUCAAUCCUAAUUCAGGCCUUUGUAAUGAAGAUCAUCUGUCGUAUUUCACCUUCAUUGGCCGUGUUGCUGGGCUGGCCGUGUAUCACGGGAAGCUGCUGGAUGGCUUCUUCAUCCGGCCCUUCUACAAGAUGAUGCUGGGCAAGCCCAUCACGCUGAAGGACAUGGAGUCCGUGGACAGCGAAUACUACAACUCUUUGAAGUGGAUUCUGGAAAAUGACCCCACAGAGCUGGAUCUCAUGUUCUGCAUAGAUGAGGAAAACUUCGGACAGACAUAUCAAGUUGACCUGAAGCCCAAUGGGUCGGAAAUCAUGGUAACAAACGAGAACAAGCGGGAGUACAUUGACCUGGUCAUCCAGUGGAGGUUCGUCAACAGAGUUCAGAAGCAGAUGAACGCCUUUUUGGAGGGAUUCACAGAACUUCUUCCUAUUGAUCUGAUUAAAAUUUUUGAUGAAAAUGAACUAGAGUUACUGAUGUGUGGCCUUGGCGAUGUUGAUGUUAAUGACUGGAGACAACACACGAUCUACAAAAAUGGAUACUGCCCCAAUCAUCCCGUUAUCCAGUGGUUCUGGAAGGCCGUUCUACUGAUGGAUGCGGAGAAGCGGAUCCGGUUGCUGCAGUUUGUCACGGGGACGUCCCGCGUGCCUAUGAACGGAUUUGCUGAGCUCUACGGUUCAAACGGGCCUCAGCUGUUUACAAUAGAGCAAUGGGGAAGUCCCGAUAAGCUGCCCAGAGCUCACACAUGCUUUAAUCGCCUAGACUUACCUCUUUAUGAAUCUUUUGAAGAUCUGCGAGAGAAGCUGCUCAUGGCAGUUGAAAACGCUCAAGGAUUUGAAGGAGUGGAUUAAACCGUCGCCUUUUUCGCCCUUCAAGCAAGUUCCGCUUGCACUCCGGCGCUUGCCGAGGGACCGGGUGGCUCUGGCGGGUCCACGCAGCAAACCCUGGGUGCCGCUGCCCGGCGCCGGGACCGGCGCCCGCGGGGCUGCCCCCGCGGCUCCUCCACCGGGACUCUGAUCACAUUUCAGCAGGACUUACUCUAUUUAUGUUGUGCCUCUGUAGGCAAAGCCCUUAAUAAAUAUUUUACCUAAUUUCUAAUGACAAUGAAUGGAAUUAAUCAUUUUACAGGUAUAGUAUUACAACUCAUGUUUACUUUUUAAUUGAUUUAGACAUUUUCAGAUUUUGUUUCAUUACAAUUAAAUAUCAUAUACUUGGAAAAAUGAGCAUUUUUCUUAAUUUCAUACCAGACUCGCUGCCAGUGUCCUUUCUGCAGAACACAUUUGAGCCCCACGUUCCCCAGCCAUUAAGCAAGCAGGAGAGAGCUGUGUUGGAAAUAAGCUCUACGUGGGCCGUGUGUGGAGAGCAGCUCUUCUCACUGAGCACAGAGAUAGUUCUGUAUCCAGAAUUACAGACUGGAUGUUGCAUUUUUGUAUAAAUAUUACAAUAGUUACCAGUCAGGGGAGAAUCAUACCAUGGCAUGCCAAAUCCCAUGCUCAAUAAAGAAAUUGCCUCAUUAUUGCUAAUAUUUACGUGUACUAUAAAGCAUUUUGGGGUAGGGUUGGCAUUAACCAUUCUAGGAAGAUAUGCUUAACCCUCUCCUUACCUUUGUACAGUGAUUCUUUUAUCCUUUCCUCUUGACUGUGUGCAGUGGAGGCAUUCUGAAUGAAACCUGGCACUGCGUGAUUUGGCACUAUGGAAAACAGAUCUGUUUGUCUCCUAUCUGUAUGCAUUUGCUGAUGAUAUCUAAAUAACAACGGGGUUUGGUUUGUUUCUAACUGCGCCCACUCUAAAGGCACUUUAUGUACCACAUGGAAAUCAUAUCUGGUUUUUAUCAUCAACAUCAAUGUGAUUCUGUUCCUUCUCACUGCACAUGUCUUUCUGGUGCAAUAUCUAUCAAUUGUGAAUUUGGCUGCUGCUGAUGUAUAAAAGAAACAAACAGAUGUAGAGCUGAGCCUGCAGACUUGUUCUCAGCAAUUGUUUGGUGAUUUAUUUUUUACUUAAUCACAAAGAUUUAUUUAAUAUACACUGCUAUCUAAUCAAUUUUGUUACCUAUGACAUGUUGCAUGCCUAAACUAUACUGUCAGAGUUGCAUCUCUUUUGUGACAGAUUAAAAGUGAAAGAUUUGUA